AUGUCUGAAAAUAACUCCAAUACAACGGGCGCUCUUACGAUCCUCCGAGAUGGCCAGGCUGGCAAUGAUGGUGAACCCGUUGAUGUGAUUGCUAUUAACGGAUUGUUUGGGCAUCACGAGGAUACCUGGUGUGAAAAACUAUCGGACGGAGCUGCUAAAUGCUGGCUUACAGACACUUUGCCCGCCUUGAUUCCACGCAUGCGAAUGCGAAUCAUGACCUACGACUAUGUGUCUGAUUUUCGAAUCCAGAAUCUCCUCGAUGAAAGUACCCUUCACCGGAUGGCUACGAAUCUCUUAGACGCAAUCUGCAAGCUGAGGGAAGGAAGAAAAGCGGCACCCUUGGUAUUUUUGUGCCAUAACUUGGGAGGCAUUCUAGUCAAGAAGAUGCUUUGGAUCGCCAACUGCGAUCCAAUGUAUCUAGAAAUUGCGUCCUCCACUCGACUCCUGAUCUUAUUUGGAACCCCAGAUGGGUCCAGCCCUUGGGUCGAUACUCUAUUCAAGAUUGUGCUCGCAAGCACCAAUCCGCGUGACGCCGGAUUCCAGCAUCAUCUACACCGUGAGCUCCUUGAAAUCACCCAAACAGGGCCUAAUUCUCUGGAGGCAGCUACUUUGCGAUUCCAGAUUCUUGGCAAGCAAUACAAGACAUUUUCCAUUUACGAAGGGGUUCCGACGGAACUCAUUGGCAUCGUCGAACAAGAUUAUUACCAUGUCUUUCUACAAUACCGCCAAUCUCUCACGAUGCUCUCCCCAAACGACUCAGCCCCUGGACAUAUCCUUGCGGCGGCGCUCCCACCCGAUACGAUAGAGUGGCCGGAGUGGUCAGACAUGUUACCACAGGGCAAACAAUGGAUACUGCCUGUCUAUGGUGGUCCAGGAACUGGGAAAUCCUGCUUCGCGAAGCAGGUGGCCGAGCAGGCACGAUGCCGGGAUGAUACUCUAACACUCUCGUACUACUUCAGUCUCGCCGACCAUCGUCGAAGAACAUACCGCGACUUGCUUCUCGAUCUUAUUCUCCAAAUACUGUACCAAGACGAUGCAAUAUUUGAAAGCAGCUAUGUGCGCAAUGUCUGGACAUACAUGCUGACGGAUUCUUACCCAUCUGCUCCCGAUCUAUACCGCUUCUUGGACGCAGCGCUCCGAAAAGUAUCGAAACGGUCCGUUUUCUGUGUCAUUGAUGCCCUUGAUGAAUGCGACGCAACCAUGUCUCAUCUCAUUGGCGAUUUCAAAAGACUGGCAGCGGGUCAAAAUACAGGUUUCAAGGUUUUGAUAACUUGCCAGCCAACGGAUUCAAUUCAGAGCCUAUUUGACAGCCCUGGAAUCAACAUUGAGAGAUAUAUCAAGCCGGGAAAAGCCCUGCUACCCCAGAUGCUUGCGCAUGAUGGCGAAGAACAUCAUGGCCGUCCCAUCCUGCAGCUUCAGCUGCUUAAACAUCUCACCGAUAAUGGCACAAUCGGCAUGGAAAUGUCCGAAUGUACCACGUAUAAUGCUAUUUACGAGAAAAUACUCGCCAGCACUAACGCACCCGUUGAAUGGCUCCGCGAUGUCCUGCUCUGCAUUGCGUUUGCUCAUCGACCAAUGACUGUUGGCGAGCUCUCCAUCGCCAUGGGAAUUCCUACAACGCCGGGUUGGAACGCGGGAGGCCUCACGCUUCAGAAAAUCAGUAUAUUGAGCCCCAAAGACCUGCAAGACAACCUAAAACUGGCUCUAGGCCCCCUGGUAUACAUCGAGAACAACACUAUCCACAUUCACAACACACUGCGAGAAUUCGUCAGAGGGCAGACUGACUCGCUCCCUUGGAACUUGCUUCCCACAGCUGCGGCGGGUGAAGUCGCCCCAUCAUCAUUUUUGCCGAGGAAAUGUCUUCUCUAUCUCGCGACGAAGGAGAUGCAAAUACCUGAAAUAGAGGCGCGGUGCGGACACGAAGAGACUAUCGAAGGCCCCCCAGGAACGCAAUUUCUGCGAUACGCCGUGGUCUGCUGGCCACUACAUCUGAAAGAAUGUAUUGACACCAUGGUGGAUGUGCAAGAUUGGUUUAUGCCAUUCUGGAACGACUCCGAGACAAUGGAAUGGUGGGCUUCCACGUACCUCUCUUUGCACCUCUCGGCAAACUUUGAUUACUCGUCAGUAGACUACCUAGUCAGCCAGCCCUUGUAUCUUGCUUCGUACCUUGGUCUGACAAGUGUUGUCCAUGACAUGGUAUCACAGGAUACAAUCGACUUCUCCCUUGGUUAUGCGCCUACUCUCGCAAUCCAAGGGUCACAUACCAAGACUGCCGAAGUCUUACUACGGCACAAGUCUCAGUCGUCCGAGUCCUGGCUGGAUGCAUUCAAAGAGUCAUGUAGCCAUGGCCACGAUCCUACGAUGGAGUUGAUCUUGUCAUUGUGGGAGGAGAGCCAUGCUCAGAUGCCUGACGUGAGCGAGCUAGACAAAUGUUUGUGCAUCGCCGUCGAGCACGGACACUGGCCUGUGGUUUCCAGACUCGCCCAAGCAGGGGCUCGUGUCUUUAAACCUUUAGAGAUGGAACAUCCUUCAAUGCUUCAACGCGCGUCCGAGCUCGGCUACGAUGGUGUUGUCAAUGAGCUGCUAGCCCAGUACCCUCGAGACAAUGGCGAAACCCCAGAGUGGUUAGAUACGAUUCGCAAAGCCAUGGAAGCAGCUGCAGAAUUCGGAAGCGCCUCCGUCAUUGCCAUGCUGGCUCCUAAAGCGAACUUGGAGUGGAGGAGUCAAGCUCACUCUCAGUCCCCGUUGACCCGUACGCGGUUUCUGACCACCAUAGACGGCAACGCCGAAGCCGCAGAAGUGCUGCUGAAGCUUGGGGCAGAAUUGGAAUCCAAGGACGACAGAGGAAUGACCCCUUUUGUAAUUUCGUGCUGCAUGAAUCAGGAGGAUACAACUCGAGUCUUUCUGGAUGAAGGGGCUGAUCCCGAUGUAGUAAUUCCCGGCACAUGCAAAGCUCGACCUCUGCAUGUAGCGGCCGCGAAGGGAUGGUCUGCCAGUGUUCGAAUCCUUCUCGAGUAUGGAGCUUGGAAUGAUCGCGCGACGGGAAGUCCAGACAACUAUACACCACUGCAUCUGGCCGUACAAUACGCGAAUGGUACGAGGGGACAUGUCGACAUCGUCAGGGCUCUUUUGAAUUCACUUGCUGACGUUCACAUGGAGAAGAGUGGUGACGGUUCCACCGCUCUACAUUUGGCUAUCAAGAAUGGCAGUUGCGAUGAGGAAAUCAUUAUGCUGCUUCGGAACCGUGGCGCUGAUGUUGACGUGUUGGAUGGUAAAGACAAAUCGCCGCUCUAUUAUGCGCUUCGUGAGAAGCGUGAAUAUACGAGACUCUUGUGGGCCGACCGACAUUCGGGGGUUACCCAAGACUCCGUUCUGUUUAAUGCUGUAGCAAGGGGUUUAGAAGGACGCGUGAAGCAGCUUCUGCAGGCCGGUAUCGAUCCGGACGAGAGAGACAAAUACGGCAGAAUAGCCCUCGACGUCGCACUCGGCCGCCAAAUUCGUCUCCUGCUGUCACCAGAUGAGCCUGAUCGCACAUCCAUGGAUUUAUGCCCGUUGCUUCAGCCUGAGCGCCCACAGAUUUGGCACACGUGGGAGUGCGUCGUUUUAGUUUGCCGUGUUAGAAUAGGCGAGUUAGUCACGUGA